ACGAUGACUAAUGUAACAAAAAUCGAAGUGAGUAAAUAGGUCAAUAAUUUUGCUUUCGGUCAAUUGUAUUCAUGUCAAGAGAAAUAUGGCCGAAACCGGUUGAAGCGGGACCGAAUAAUAUAAUCAGGGCCCCACUGUGCAUGAAGAAAACUGGUCGUUUUGAGAAACGAGUACGUCCCUGCCAUCAGCUUUUUCUCCUAGCCACGUAACAGCAACGUGUCCCUUCAGAUGUAACGUCAAUGUAACGUCAAUAAACGUGAUUGUGGAACAGAUUGUGUUUCGUUUCGGGAUAAAUGGUAAAAAUUGAAGAGAACAGUUGAUAUCGUCUACGGUGCGUGAUCAAUGCAACGUUAGUGCCAUAGUGGCAUUCAUCGAUCGCGCUUGGCCGGGCCAUUUUCUUAUACUCCAGGACCGCGUGGCGUUUAUUGCGCAAGUUCCGAUGAGCGACGUUUCGCCAUUUUUGUUGACCAUUCCACAGUUUCAGUGAAAACGGCUCUGACACGGCCGGGUCUGAUUUGUUCUGGUCAGGUUCACGCCUCCUAACAGUGGACAUCGAUUCGCCUUGAUCGGGAUCAAGAACCGCGAUUCGCUUCUCCGGAGAAACGUCACAGUACUACGGUUCCAUUUUAUCUCUAUUAACUCCAUGACAGUGUAGUUCAAUUGUACACGCGUACAUGACGUUAGUUUGGACUUUCUGGUCCGUUUGGUCUUUGUGUAUUGAAUCAUACGCAUCUACGCGAUCCCAACAAACACGUCAUUGUCACGAGGUGUAGACUUGAAUAGGGAGACAAGAUGCCGCAACGCGGGAGGGGUAUAAAUAAUAUCACUAAAAAAAUGGACAACGAACCAGGGGCUUCGACGUCAUCCUUCUCUUUUGAGAACCCUGCCGACAUUGAUACAAACGUAGCAGAAGUCGUGUUGUCAAACAAAGGCGGACCGAAACUGAUUCAUCUAGAUUACAUGUACACGCUGCACAAGAAACAGCCGUUCAACAUCCGAUGGAGGUGCGUUCACAGAACAAAGCACUGCAGAGGCAGCGUCGUUACAACGACGACUUGCACGAGGCCGAGGGUGCGUAUGGAGCACAACCAUAAGCCAGACAUCCCGGCCGCACAGUAUGCCAGGCAACGCUUUUUGGAACUCGGCAAACCUUGCGUAUUAAAAAUGAUAGAAGGGACUCCCAGGACCACCUUUAGGUCCAUGAACACCGCACCGCAACGAGUGACUAAAAAAAUAGAGGAGAAUGUGGAAGAUAGGAGACCGCUCACGCGAGCCACGGCCAGGACACUGUUACAAUCAACUUCCCAGAGCAACUCGACUGGAAAGACCAUGAGAAUAGCAGCACAGUCCAUAAUAAGAUCUCAUAUUAGAAAUAUCGCGCCGACACCUGUACAACAACAGCAACAACAGCAACGACAACCAAAGACUCUUUUGUUAAAAACAAUACCUCUAAAAAAUGUCUCACCUACAACCAUUAAACUGCCACCGCGGCAGACGAAUCAAGGAGUACCUCAUAACGUCGUGCAACAACAGCCUACAGAAGUUUGUUUGAGAUGGAACAGUUAUCAUAGUAAUAUGCAAAACAGUUUCCCGUCUUUAUUGGAUACCGAACAGUUCGUCGAUGUUACUUUAGCCUGCGAGGGACGCUCGUUGAAAUGUCACAAAAUGAUACUUUCAGCGUGUAGCGAUUAUCUCGCUGAUCUAUUACGCGAGAACCCGUGCCAGCAUCCGAUAAUUCUAAUGAAGGAUCUUAAAUUUUGGGAGGUCGAAGCACUAGUCAAAUUUAUGUACCGCGGAGAAGUGAACGUAGCCCAUGAUAAGCUACCCCAACUUCUAAAUGCGGCUGAAGCAUUGCAAGUGAAAGGAUUAGCCGGCCCAAAUCCUUCGUCACAGAAUCCAAAACCACCAUUGCUAAUCCCGCAGUCGAAGACAGCAGGAUCUCAGUCAGUUCCUCGAGCUGCUUCAGAGACCAAAGAGAAAGCUUCAACUUCCGGAGUUUCAACGCCUUCUAGUCCGAAACGUGCGCAGAAACGGCAGCACUCGGAUCCGAUCGAGCCGAAGCCGUUCACAAAAAUACGCUUACAACGACCCGCAACGCCUACGUCGCCGAUUCCUACAGUCAAGAUGGAGCCCUUAGAUAUACCUCUUAGCCCUACGGAAAUAUUCCCCGAGAAUAAUGAGGAUAGUUCGACGCCGUCAAACUUCGAGAAGUUGAUGAAUUUGCACGAGGAGGACGAUCCGGGUGGCAGUGAGACCAUCGACGGUGAACGAGAACUUCAUUUCUGUGAGAUAUCCGAACCGCCCGACAUAAACGACAGCGAGGACCAAAUGGAAUUCGUACCGACGGACUUUUUAGAACAGGAACAGGACAUAGUUGAAGAGACGGACGUAGUCUCGAACAAAGAUUGCAAAGAAGAAUCUAGGGAUUUCAGCCCUACCGAACUCGAGGACGGCGAAGAAGAAAGUGAGGUCGCAAAGGAACAAUCCUCAAAAGAAAAGAAACCGGUGUAAUAAGGCUGUGGACGAUUCCUCAAUACUCGGAGUUUCGUUGAAGUAAAAUAACGAAGUCUGUGUUUUAAUUUUUUUCUAGAGUUAUCCAGUAUUGCCAUGAAAGUAUGAUCAUGUAUAGAUCUUCAUUUUGAAUUUUAAUCGAUCCAGACGAAAAUAGUAUAUUGCGUUUGUGAUACACCGUUGUAUAAAAUCGUUUCAAUUUUUAGUUUGCGAUUAUUUUUUUUACUGAUCAUGAACGAAACUAAUAUUCCACACGACGACUCUACUGUUUAUUUUCAGAGAAAUAUGAUACUGUAAAUAGGAGCGUAAGGGAUUAAAGAAGUAAAACUAUUUUUACCACUUAUAAAUACGAAUCAUAGCGGCUACGUGUAUGUGUUAAACAUUUCGUCUAAGUUCAGUGUUCGAAAAUGAUAUUUCUAUACGAAUGAACAUGCCAGAAAGUACGAUUUAAAUGAAGAUCAUUUAAUGUAAUGUAUAUAUUUAUAAAAUCAUGUACCUAUAAUCAUUUUAUUGUGUGAGUCGUAGAAAUUUAAUUUCGCGAGGUUUAAUUAUAAUUUACACUUGCAAAAUACAUGAAUCAAUUUCAUAGAACUCAAACAGGAGUCUAACAAAAAUUAACUUCGGUUAUUCAAUCGGAAGUUUAUCAAUGAUUUUUAUGAUUAGUGCUGAAAACCGGCUAACUAAUCUUUUUGUUCACGAAUAAGCUUUUAACACUGUAAAGAAAAUAUAGCUUCUUAAAAGAAAAGCUGUACCUGUAAACGUCGUCUAUUUGCAACAUCGUUUAUUGACAAAAAGUACAACGCGUGUUAAUAAUUGUAAAUCAUAAGAAAACUUUUACUAUACUUAUUCUUUUCUGUUACUUGCGUAAUAUUGUAUAAUUUCUUUAUUUCGAUUGUGCCCUUUCAAAUAUAUAUACAUAUAUAUAUAUAUAUUAUAUGAUAUGCAAAGAGAUGUCUGAUUUCAUUAACAGAUUAAUGCAAAAUAAGUUGCAUUUAUACAUUAGUUGUAAAAAUUCAUUAUUGUUAGCAAACUUACGAAAUUAAUAAAUUGAUAUCUCAGUGUCAUCAUCAUUCUAAUACACUGUAGUUCCUCAUUUAGGUUCCUACAGAUAAUAUGAAAUUUCUUCCCAGUAAACCUAUUUGUCCUUAUAUCUAUACACAAACGUGUGCUGUGUAUAUGUAUAGUACGUAUUAAUACGAAAUACGACGAAAUUACGAUUACGAAAAGGAUUCAUACACAAUCGAAAAAUUUAUGUAAAUUAUACAAUUACAAAUAAAUUGCUAUAGCAGAAUAUAGCAAAACUA